UCUCCCUGCCUGACUGCGUAUCCUGAAUCCCAUCGUUGGCCUUACAGCCAGGAUCAGUUCUGGUGCCCAGGAACCCGCUCCUUUGCAAUGUUGGGGAUCAGAGGUCCAUCACCGUUCCUCUACCUUCUUUUCCCACUGCUGGCUCUGUACCGUGCUGAAAGGAGCCACCCUCCUCAACGCAGGUUUGAGUACAAGCUCAGCUUCAAGGGACCGAGGCUGGCAGUUCCCGGGGCUGAAAUCCCUUUCUGGAGCCACCACGGAGAUGCCAUCCCAGGCCUAGAGGAAGUGCGGCUGGCUCCAUCUAUGAAGAACCGGAGUGGUGCCAUGUGGAGCAAGAUCUCUGUCUCCUUCCCUGCCUGGGAAGUAGAGAUGCAGAUGAGGGUGACUGGGCCAGGGCGCCGGGGAGCCCUGGGUAUGGCCAUGUGGUACAUCCAGGACAGGGGUCAAGUCAGCUCUGUCCCAGAGGGGUUGGUCUCGUGGGAUGGCAUCAGAAUCUUCUUUGAUUCCUCCGCCAAUGAUGUCCAGAACAGCCCUGCCAUCCGAGUGCUGGCCAGUGAUGGGCGUGGCCUCCAGGAGCAGUUUGGGGAUGGCAGUGUCCGGGAACUGGGCUCCUGUCACCGGGACUUCAGGAACUGGCCAUACCCCUUCCGAGCUCGGGUCACCUACUGGAGGCAGAGGCUGCAAGUGUCCUUGAGUGGAGGCCUUAUUCCCAAUGACCCUGAAGAGGUCUGUGUCAGUGUGGAGCCCCUGCUUUUGGCCCCUGGAGGCUUCUUUGGGGUCUCAGCAGCCACCAGCAUCCUAGCAGAUGACCACGAUGUCCUGUCCUUCUUGACCUUCAGCUUGAGGGAACCAGGUCCGGAGGUGGCCCCCCAGACAUUCAUUGAGAAGGAGCAGUUCCGCCUGGCUAGGAAGCUGGAAGGGCUGCAGGCAAGGCUGGCCCUGGGCACCAGCCAGGACAGCAUUCCACCACUGGACUCCAAAGUCCAGGAAGAAGGGGAAAGGUUCCUUGGCCUGGAGAAUACACUGGGCAGACAAAGCCAGAUCCUGCAGGCUCUCCAGGCUCUCUCCAGGCAGUUGGACCAGGCUGAGAGGCAGUGGAAACAGCAGCUGGGGUCUACAGUCCAAGUCAGGCCUGAGGGAGGCUGGGACACUGCCAAGGUCAGCACCCUGCUCUAUGGACAGCGGACUCUGCUCCAGGCCCUGCAAGAGAUGAGGAAAGCAGCUGCCCAAAUGGCUUCAGGAGCCCAGGUCAUGUACCUGCCUGUGGGCACUAAGCAUCACUUUUUUGAGCUGGACCAGAUCCUCAGCCUCCUGCAGAAGGACCUCCGGGAUCUGGUGAAAACGACAGCCAAGGCCCCCCGCCCAUCUGGCUGGCUCUUAGGAACAUCUGCAUGUCUUCGGACCAGCAUCUUCCUGUUUUUCCUCCUCAUCCAGACUGUAGGCUUCUUCUGCUACAUGAACUUCAGACAGGAGCUGGACAAGAGGUUUCAGAAGUACCUGUCCACGGGAAGCCUUCCUCUAGAACCUGCAUUACCCACCCCUAGGACACUAGGGGCUCUGAGGAGACAGCCUGUUCCCCUGAGCAUGCAAGCUUGACCCAUCAAAACCAUGUCUUAUGGGGAGACAAAUGGGGGAUGGAGGAUUUGGCCAGUAUCCUUCCUGAUUGCCCACAUCUUAGCUUUCAGCAAGUUCAUCAUAUUAAAGGUGAAGUUCCUCUCACUGUGCUCAUUCCCUCCCUCAUUUACCUUCCAGACUCACAUAGUCUCUGAUAGCGUCCACCUACUAUGGGUAGGUAGCAGGAAUAGAGUCCAAGCAGGCAAGAAGGCCAAGGGCAGACCCCUCAGCCUUUUCCUCUGGACUACUGAAGCAAAGGGAGGCAACUGUGCAAAAUUCUGUCCCUAAACUCACCAAGGGCAAAGAGAGGUCCCUGGGUUCCCUCUGGCUCAUCUUUUCAGUACCCCCAAACAACUCGCCCCUUGCCUACUCCCCGAGGCUCUAGGGACAGCAGGGCAGACAC